UAGAUAAAGUGCUAAACUUUACUUUUCGUUCUAAAGAAAUUCUAAAGUUCUUGAUUUAAUAGUAUUUUAUGCAACAGUUGUAUAAGAAGGGUCAAAAAAGGCGAGUGGCGUGAGUGAGCCAGAGCCGAAGGCGUAGGCGAACAUUGUAAAGAAAUACGCCACGAGCAUUUUUUGACCUACUUAUACAACGUUGCAUACAAUACUUUUCCUACGAGUCAACAAAAAUAAAUCUUAAUUUAGGUAAACAAAUAUAUGGAGACUAACAAGCAGCGCUAAGCGGCCUUCGUAGUCUAUGGGUGUUGCUAUAUUACGGGUGUCACAUGCGUGUUUCUGACUUAUGAAGCAAUUGUUUCUACUAUGCAACCAAAUGAAUAUUUCAUAAGUUGGCAGCAAUGCACUUAGUCUGAAAUUGUAUUAGUUUUGAUUUUGUUAGGUUGGUAGCCAUUAAUCGCAGUAACGUUAUAGCGAUUUUAAAGCACAAGUGCUGUUAUGAGGAAUAGACAAUAUAAACUAUUCUUGAAACCGUUUAUGUAUAUUCUUAUAUUCGUGUUAAUGAAUGUAUAAAUGACAGAUAACAGUAGAGGAGUAGGAAAAGAUUGUAAAGUUACGUUCAUGUAAUUGGGUUAUACUAUUUCCUUGGUCUAAUGUUAGCCCUCUUGUCCCUAAUUAUCCCUCUUGACGGUAUCACUACAACACCUUAAAACUUUUCCAGGCAUAGUACGAUUUAUCGACCACAUACGCACCAUUAGAAUUUCAACUUUAGCAUUCCGAUUUAAGGUUCAAAUUAGAUUACACUUUCAGGAAAUGUUACUUGUCUUCAAAUGAAUCAUCAAAGCUGUAUUAAUUGUAAUAUAUUUGGGUUUUUUUGUGAAAACCUUGUAGAUUUGUGCGGCCUGGGGGCCUACCGCGAAAACCGAAAUUCGCAAAUUGCGGGGAUCUUUCUCUUUUACUCUUAUUAAGACGUAAUUAGAGUGAGAGAGAAAAAUGCCCGCAAUUGACGAACUUUGAUUUUCCCGGUAGGGGCCCUGGAAAGGGGUUAAAAAAAUAAAGUCCCCUCGCUGCGUCUGUCUGUAUGUAUGUUCGCGAUAAACUUUAAAAGUACUGAAAAUUUUCAUCCGGUUUUCACUUAUCAAUAGAAUAAUUCUUGAGGGAGGUUUAAGUGUAUCAUUUGUUUAGGUUUUUUGACGGGGUGGGUCGCUAGCAAGUAGUCACUAGUAAUAUAAUAAAACCUAUUUUUACGAAUCUCUAAACUAUAUAAGGUUUAACAUCACUCAAAAAAACAUUACGACGUCAUUAUGAAGUUUAGAAAUGUAUAUUUGUUACAUUCAAUUUUUGAGGAUUUUUUUGCAUAAAAUGUAUACAUUCCCUUACAAAUCUCAUAACAAAUAAUAUAAUUAUUAAAUUUUUCAUGUAUAAGAAAAGCGCGAUAAACGAAUCUAUAUAAAAUGUCGGACAUGAUUAUAAACGAUUCUGUGCCAGUAGAUAAGAAAUGGAAUGAACUAAUUAAAUAUAAUAUAUUUAUAAUGAAACUGGUCGAGUUUGUUAUUUCACUGGCUCUUAUGGUAGUGCCGUUCAUGGUCUCCGGCACUACGACGUGGCACUGCUUGGCUGUGGCACCUACUCUCGUGCUCUCACUUCUGUUCAUCAUACUCUACUUAGUGGACCAAGUGCACGAUCUAGCCGAGCAGUCGUACUUGAUUAUCCAAAUAAUAUGUAAUGUGUUAGCCGUUAUAACUGGUCUGUUGUCUAAUAGCGCGACAUUGGCAUUGAUUGGACUGUUAAAUUGUCAUUUAAUAUUUAUCUUGACAAUAGAUCUUUAUUACAUUACUAGGGAGAGGGGGUUUGCUCUGGCCAAGCUAAAAUAAAGUAAUGUUUAAGACUUCCUUGUAUAUUAUAAGACCUUUAAGCACAUCCACUGACAUUAGAGGUUACUAUCAUAAUGGCAGUUUUGCAUAAAUGUAUACAAAAGCUAAAAUUGAAUAGUGUCAUGUUACUUUUAGGUAUUGGCACUCGUUCUCAAUAUAUUACCAUUAUUGGUGGAGUCACCGGGCUUCUUGCACUGCCUUGCGUCCGGACCCACCCUAGUGCUGUCCGUAAUAUUCAUAGUCCUCUACCUCGUCGACCAGGUACCAUAUGAAGCUGAAAUGUAUUAUGCUAUCUUUCAAAUAGUUUUCAACACUCUGAGCCUUUUAAUUGUUUUUACAAUGGGCAGGUGGAUCUUGAGCAUUUAUAUAAUAUUCUACAUAGACUUAAUUAUAGUUCUUGCAUUUGAUAUUUAUUAUAUGCAUCGGGAAAGAGGAUGGAAUUUUUAAUUAAAUUGUUUCCAUAAAAAUUUGUAUUUUAUUUUGUAACAUAGAAACAUGGUAGGAAGUUAGCUGUUGAUAAAAUAAGUGACGGGUCUCCACUAACUGAUAAGCAAGUGGGUGAUAAGACAUGUGUGCUAAUAAGUGUGACAAACAUAGAAAGUGCCUGACAUUAGCUAUGUUUUUUAUCAUUAAACUGUGUUUGAAAAUAUACAAAAGACUAUGGCGAGUAACUUUGAAUGAAGUACUGUGUGCAACAUUAUUACUGUGCGUCUGUUUUGUAGUUUGGACUUUUAAAGAUUAUAGAAAAACUAAUAAUUAUGAACACUCAGAAUAUCCAGUGAUAUUGUGGUGGACUAAGGAAUUUCCUGGCACUAUGGAAACUAAACACUGUCCAGAAUAUAUAAAGUGUUCCAUUUACAGCAAUGGAAGUGUUCCCUAUGGAAAUAAUGUUGAUGCUUACUUGUUUUAUGGGAGCACCAUUGACUUCAGCCAUUUGCCAUUACCAAAGAAGUCAGAGCAUAUUUGGGGUUUGUACCAUGAAGAAUCCCCAAGGAAUGUUGAGGAGCUAAUGCAUGAACAAAUACUUAGGAUAUUCAAUUACUCAUCUACUUUGAGUAGAUACAGUGAUGUACCUUUUCCCUUACAACAUCUGGAAUCCAUUGAACAUAUUACUAAUGAGGAAUACUUUGUAACAACUUUUGAAAAGAAUAUUUAUUUGACUGAGAUAGCUCCAGUUAUGUAUUUACAGAGUGAUUGUGAAACAUCCACUGAACGAGAUGCUUAUGUGAAAGAAUUAAUGAAAUACAUAGAAGUAGAUUCUUAUGGAAGUUGUCUGAACAACAAAAAGUUGCCCUCAAAGUUUGUUGAUGAUUAUCUGAACCAUUUGAGUGAUGAUGAUUUUUUGAAGUUUAUUGCAAAAUACAAGUUUAUUAUAGCUAUCGAAAACGGAGUUUGUGAAGAUUAUGUAACUGAAAAGUUUUGGAGAGCAAUAAGAAUUGGGUCAGUACCUAUUUACUUCGGAUCUCCUUCAAUAAGAGAUUGGUUACCAAAUAAAAAAUCAGCAAUUUUACUGGAAGACUUUCCUACACCAAAGCUUUUGAGUGAACAUCUUAAAAAGUUGUUAGAAGAUGAUUUGUUGUAUGAACAAUAUUUAGAACACAAAAUUUAUCAAAUCAUUACAAAUGAAAGGUUGAUAACAGAGUUCAGAAUGAGACCCCAUCAAAUGGACUCAUUGAAGACUAUUGAAGAAUUUGAAUGUUUCAUUUGUGACAAAUUACACAAGCGAAGCAAAGGCAUUUAUGAUAAAAGAAUUGUAGAUAAGAGACACUACAACUGUCCAAAGCCUCUAUCAGCUUUGUCAUUGGCUGUUAAUCCACAGAAUGAUUGGGUCUUCUCUUGGGAACUAGCCAAAAAGAGAGCUAACGAAAUAUAUGAAAGAGUCACAAAUGCAAACUAAGAUCAAAUCAUAGGAUCAUAUUGACAUUAAGUUUAAACACCAAUUGAGAUAGAGCAUCAGUAUUUUUUUUAAAUAUAUUUUUAUACUUUUAUAAAAA